AUGGCUAUUGUAAGUCGCCGACUGACCAAGCGAAAACAAUUGCGUCGUCGAUGUUGUCGAGUGAGCGAUGUUAUGUGUUUUGUUGGUCUUUUGGGUAUUGUUCUCAUGGUUAUAGAAAAUGAACUAAUCUUUCAUAGUGUCGAUAGAAGAGACACAAUAGCAAGUUGGUCCAUCAAAUUGGUAAUCACAAUUUCGACCGCGGUCCUUCUCGGUCUUAUCAUUUUUUAUCAUUAUUUGGAUUUGAGUCUUUAUGCUGUCAAUAAUGGGAUCGAAGACUGGCGUGUAGUAUUGUCAUUUAACAAAACAGUUCUGAUUGCACUGGAACUAUUUUUCUGUACCAUUCAUCCGUUCCCUCGACAUUUUCCAGUCCAACAUAGUUCAGAAGAUCAGACAACGGAUUCAACUUCGACACCAGUGCCGUCCUCCUUGUAUUACAUACCCCUCGAUGUGGCGCUUGGUUUGCCGAUGUUUCUUCGACUCUAUCUGCUUUGUCGUUACAUCGUGUUUCAUUCGCAUUUGGUUCAAGAUACCUUAUCACAAUCACUCGGUUAUCUCAACCAAAUCACAAUGGAUUUUGGCUUUGUCAUCAAAACCUAUGCAGAGCAAUGGCCGACACGUUGCAUUGUGAUAUUUUGCACAAUUGCUUUUUUCGUUGGAAGUUGGAGCAUGCGUGCAUGUGAUUUUAAACCUACCGGAGAACACAUGUCAAUGUCCGAUGCGAUGUGGCUCUUCUUUGUGACAUUUGCCACUGUCGGCUAUGGAGAUCUGAUACCAUCAACAUACUGCGGACGAAGUAAGUCAAACAUAUCUCGGAGCUGAUGGAGAGAGUGUGCACUCGACGAUUUUUUCUCCAUUGCUAUGGUUUGUCAUCUGCUCAUGUCGGUGAUCACGUCGAAACUGAAUCCUUUUUUAUGCAGUUUCUGUGACAUUCGAAUAGGGCUCUCAAAGAAAGCAUUAUUCUCUAACAAAAUUUUUAACUUUUCCUAACCAUCAAGAUUUUGCAUAACUACCAAUAUGAAGAUAUUAUAACUCGUUCCAAAAAUGAACUAUAGACUUAAACCACAAAAGAAUACAAUUUUCCAGACAUCCUUAAUCGACUUUCCUGGUUUCACUGAACUAAUUUUAUUGUAAUGAAAGUUAAUUCAAAUCGAGAAAAAACCAAGAUGAUGAGUCGGUAAACCUGUUCUCAUCUUUGAUAAUAACUAAUAAUUCGUA